AUGCCAUAUCCUCACCCUCCUCCGACUUCUUCUAACGUUAGCACGAUCAACUCUAAUCAUUCCUCCACCGCCUCUUUGACUCAAAGCUCGACCCCUUCCUCCGCCCACCAACAGAACCGGAAUCGAGCUCGGACAGGCAUCGCGAAUAUAGACUCUUCAGUUGCCAACCCUGCACGACUUCCGGGUCAGACGCCGACUCAAGCACUCGGACGACGUCGACGUUCUCCGACUUCUGGCGGCCCCUCCGAUCCCCAGCCCGACAGCUCUCAAGCGCCAGACAACGAUCUCACUGAGCCGCCGACCAAACGACGGAGAGAAAACGACACGAUGGGUGGGAGCGACAUCCUCGAUACCCAUAAUGGUGCUCCUCUAGGUUUUUCUAACGGCUCAACUGAGCCAUCUAUGGGGGUCACUAAUGGUCAUAAAUCUGCCAUGAAUGGUUCGACGAACCGCGACAACAAUAGCACAAUCACUAAAGGCCAUGGGAUGCCCUCCGAAUACUUCGGGCACAACCGCGAAGAGGUUACUCGAUUGUUGAUACAAGCACUGGCAGAUAUGGGUUAUCAAACUGCCGCUGAUAAUGUAAGCCGCGAAAGCGGCUACGAACUGGAGAGCCCGACUGUAGCUGGUUUCAGGUCAGCAGUGCUCAGUGGCUCCUGGUCCAAGGCUGAAGAGCUUCUUGCUGGGGCGUCAUUCGAGACCGAGGGUCAAGGGAACGGGCUUGUUCUGGCACCGAGUGCAGAUCGCAAUGCCAUCCGGUUCUGGCUAAGACAACAGAAGUUUCUGGAGCUUCUAGAACAGAAAGACACCAGCCGGGCUCUUGUCGUACUCCGAAGUGAGCUGACACCGCUUUCUCAUGAUACUGGGAAACUGCAUUUCUUAUCAAGUCUUUUGAUGUGUCGUUCUGUUGACGAUCUUAUGGCUAAAGCCGACUGGGAUGGUGCCAAUGGCCAAUCACGAAAGUUGCUCCUCUCAGAGUUGUCAAAAUGCAUAUCGCCUUCAGUAAUGCUACCAGAGAACCGCCUGGCAGUUCUUCUCGAGCAGGUUAAGCAGAGCCAGAUUGAUACUUGCUUGUAUCAUACGCAGGCAUUAUCGCCAUCGCUCUACUCAGACCACUUCUGUGACAGACGAUGGUUUCCAACAGAGGUGGCGCUGGACCUCACUGACAUGAAUGAUGAGAUCUGGCAGGUACAAUUCUCACAUGAUGGUUCGAGGCUGGCUGCCUGUGGCAGUGGUCGGCAGGUUGUAAUAUGGGACACACAUACUUUCUCUGUUGCAAAGGUUCUUGAUGGUCAUGAUGAAGGCGUUGGUAAUAUGUCAUUCAGCCCUGAUGAUUCGAUGAUUUUAUGCUGUGCAAGAGAUGGAUAUGCGAGGCUUUGGUCUACUAGCGAUGGGCAUCUGAUAAGGCAGUUUAACAGAUUCGCAGAACCUGUCAGUGGUUGUGUUUGGGCUCAUGACAACCGGUCCUUUGUUCUCGGUACAUUAGAUCCUGCAUCGAGCUUGCGCACAAUAAACCUACACACAGGUAGUGAGGUAUACGAUUGGGGAAAGAAGCAUCGCGUCGAGGAUCUAUGUGGAUCGCCUGAUGGCCGAUGGCUCGUGGCUCUCGACAACGAACGAAGAAUUCACGUCUACAACGCCACCACACAUGAACUUGAGUUUGAUAUGGAGCUUAACAACCGACCAACGUCCGUAAGCAUCAGUCAAGACUCACGUCAUUUGCUCAUUAACAAAUCCGACGGCGAGGCCCAGCUUAUUGACCUUGUGACACGCAAUUCGGUGCAGAAAUUCUUCGGACACACAGGUGGUGAUUACAUGAUACGCAGCUCUUUUGGCGGAGCCAACGAGAGUUUUGUCGUGAGUGGUAGCGAAGAUGGGAAUAUUCUAAUAUGGCACAAGAACACAGGCGCGGCAAUAGAACGGCUGCCUGGGCACCACCCUCGUUGCAACGCCGUUGCGUGGAAUCCCACCGAUCCUUAUGUCAUAGCAUCUUGCGGGGACGAUGGCCGACUGAAGAUUUGGACCAACAAAUCGCACAGCGCCGAAAUUCGAGCCCGAUACCUUCAGAACCGUGCCAACGAUGCCAACACUUGGGAUAGAGACGAAAGAUAG